AUGUCUCCGCCAACGUAUGAUCGCACGGUCCCGGACAAACAACCCCAGUCGCCAGUGGCCAGCGCCAGUCCAAGAGACGGAUACACCGGCGACAUGGGCAUUGGAUGGAGGCAUCCGGCCCUGAUGGUCGGGCUCGUCAUAUCCGGUGCGAUGCUGUCCAUGGGUCAUCAUUUCUACUACAGGAGCCUCGACGGCGGUCGUGUCGCGUCUCGCGAGGAACAGACGUGGGCGAUCCGGAUCGGAACUGGCUUCGCGUUUUUGAUCAAAUCAUGCCUGGCGUCCGCCGAGACCUGGGCCACCCUCCGCCGGAAGAGCCAUGUUUGCCGUCGGGACAGCCCUCUUGCUCUUCUCACCCUGGACUUGUGGGUCUAUGCAAAGACGCUGACCGUGCUGGCGAUUGUUUCCUGGCUGAUUCCUCUGACGGCGAUCGUUACGCCCGCAACUUUGAACGUGGUUACAUAUCCAGCCAGGGAUGAGAUCGAGCGGCUCGUUCCAAACGUUAACUUCGACCCAUCAUUCUGGCGUAAUGAGGCACAAUUCGAUGAGGCGUGGCACAUCACCUCCCCAUCUGCCAGCAUGGCCCGCGUCUUCACAACCUUGGCCUCAUCGGCCCAAGUGCUUCCAGUUCCUGCACCGUUCUCCAACUCGUCUUACAAUCUCUCAUUCUGGCGACUGAGUGAAGCUCUCAUGGAGAUAGACGGGGUGACGCAGAAACUAGCCGCAGUUCCAGACAACGAGGCUCUACAUGGGACUGCACCUUCGGAUCUCAACAAUACCGUCUUCAUAUCAGCUGCAGGCAGCAAUCCGCUGUGGAACGACAACGCCACACAGCCCACUGAGAUUGUCUGCCAGCUCUGGAAUACCUCCUACGUAGUCGACAUGCACUUCACCAACGGCAUUCAGACGCUGACGCCAAUCUCAGUCGACCACAUCGCCUAUGCCAAUUGGAAUGAAAGCGCUGCUAUCAACUUCGCAGCGCCUUCAUACUCAGAAGUAGAUCCAACAGUGAAUGCAGGCUUUUACAUAAUCCAGAUGAUCCUCUCGGGUCUUCUCCAAGGCGAACUGGUUCAGAGUAAGAGAGCCGGAGUGUAUCAGGAUAAGACUGUUGCAUCUUCGACGACAUACACCGAUACGUCACUUGCGUACACCAGCCUCUUUGCCUGUCCAGAAUUAUGGAACACCAGCAGCUAUUAUUAUAAACAUGGCAACGACUCCACUAAAACUUCGUGCCGGAACGGAACCUUGGCCCAGGCCAUCGAGGACCUCAGCCACAAUUUCACCUACACCCUGCUCAGCCUUAAUGGCGGAAACUCCACCGUCAAAGUAAUGGACUUGACCAACCGCAACUACUAUUUCUACGGCAGUACGGUCCUGCUAGCGGCUUACAUGAGUGCGCUGGCUGUCACGAUUGCGUGCGUCGUCGUCGGCUUCUUCGCCCUGCGACGAAACGGCGUCCCCCAAAACAACUCGUUCUCAAGUGUCUUGAUGACGACUCGGAAUCCGGAGCUGGACCGCUUGGCCGUCGGCCAUUGCUUGGGAUUCGAGCCGCUGAGGGGGAUAUUGAUAAGGUUCGGCUGCAGUUUGGGGAGGCAUGCGGCGUUCGGGUCCAAGGGGUCGGUGACAGCCCUCUCUAAGGGCGAGGAUUAUUAUUAG